CUGAGGUCGCAGCCAUGUUCUUAGGGAUCCAGGCCAAAGCCUCAGAGCUGCCUUGGGCUUUGUGCUCAGGAAUCUGAUCCAGCACAAGGUGGAGUUUGUUUGGAUUUUGUGUAAAUGGCUGUAGGAAGCUGGAUAUCAGAAUGAUUAUUUGUUUUCAACUGCUACUGAUGCUUUUCUGUAACUCACUUCUUGUUUCUGGGCCUUAGUUUCUCCAUGUUAAGGUGAGGAUGGAACCUCUUACAUUGCUUUUCUGACUUCUUGAAGCACAGGAGUGUAGUCAGGAGAGCACAGUCCUAGCCUCAAAAAUACAAUCAGAAAGCUGAGAAGAGUACCGCAUGCCUGCAGUCCCCACUGCUCAGGGAGGUGACGCAGGAGACUCCUGGAGCUCAGGAGUUUGAGGCCAGUUUGUUUCUGAAGAAGAUACUGUCAGAACUUCUAGACUACAAAUACAGACUGCUAACACCUGGGUGAAUUCAAGAGACUAGAAAGCUUUCUUCUCGCUCUUUCUUUCAUUCAACCUGUGUAGCAACAAGAAUAAAUGCCUCCCCUCCACCCUCCCCCAUCUCCAUCACAGAACUUCCUAGAGAAGAGGGAGAAAGAUAGAGGAAGCUGAACAUAAGGGGGAGGGUCUAAGGAACUGAUGGUAAGGGAUGAUGAUAAACAUUCAUCUAGAAAAAGUCAAAUAAAAGUCUAGGCUCUCCAAAUAAGAGCCCUGGCCAUCAUUUCUAAAUGAGUAGUUUGAAGAGUUGACAAUAUGCCUGUCCCCUUCAGAAAUGAUUUCCUGUUUGAAGACAGGCCUGUGGAUGGCAGAACACAUUUCAUAUGGCCAUCGUCCCUGUGCUCACUGAAGAUCCGAUUUUGUUCUUAUAAAUGUCUACCGAAGACACUCUAAAAGAACAAAUAAAAGUAGAGGCUAUGUGCUGCUGCUGCCAUCUCUGGAGAAACCAGGCUCCUCAUCUGUGGGACCUUAGAAGAGAUGGUAGCCAAGCUCCUCCGUGUUCUUGGGACAAGCCCUUUGAGCAUCUCAAGUGGGAAGCUCAAAUAACCUAUUUUUCUGGUAUGCUUUGCAUUUUGCAUACAUUGUAUUGUCUCAGUUAAAUGCUUCAGGCAGAAGUGCUUGCCUACUUUUACCUUAACAUAUCUAAGUACCAGAAACUAUUUAGAUCUUUCCAUCAUUCAGAGCCAUAGGGAGAGAUCAGGGAUCAGGGGAGACCAGAUCUGUUAAAAUGUCACCAUUUGAGUGGAACUUUUCUGAAUCAUGGAUGGAAUCUGGAGUGAGGAGAGGAAGUAAGAUGUUAGGUGGGAAAGCGUGGGGUGGCAGCAGAGGGUUAAGAGCCAUGGUUACGUUAGAACCUUAGGCCUGGAGGCAGUGGUGACUCCCUCUGAACCUAGGGCUGUUAAUUCUCAUUUGGUCAGUGAAUUCAGAGUCUCCCUCCCUGCUCCUUGGUGCAUCAGUGGACCAGUGAAGCGGCAUUUUAGUUCAUUUCUAGCUCUGUUGUUUCUGCACUUUGUGGACCCAUAUUCUUUUUUGUUCUUGUUUUGUGUUUUUUAUUUUAUGGAUGUUUUUCCUGCAUGUAUGUCUGUGUAUCAUGUGUAUGCCUGGUGCUCACAGAGGCCAAUGUGGGGACAUUGGAUCACCUGGUACAGGAGUAACAGACAGUUGUGAACCACCACGUGGGUGCUGAGAAUUGAACCUAGGUCCUCUGGAAAAACAGCAGCCAGUGCUCUUAAUCAAUGAGCCAUCUCUCCAGCCUCAUCCCCAUAUUAUUUUUAUGGUUUGUUUUGAUUGUGGCUUAAAUAAGUAUAUAAUAGUAGUGACCCAAGAUUCUUUGCAUUUUUAUUUAGUUGCUCACUUGGUCAUAGACCUGAAACUAGUCUUUUGGUAAUACACCAGGAACAGUUUUCUCUUGGGCCACCUUGGCAAGCUCCUUGGUGGGACAGGAAGAGUGGAUAGAGCAGAGAUGGCUGGCACCUUGUAAUGCCUUCUAAUUACCUCUGUGUCACUAACUGCCUGUAGAAAGAAGCAGAAGGACAGCAAACACGGGGGCCGCCUAAGUGCUUGUUAUCUGAGAGCUCGCUCGUCACCUUUUUGUCAUAGUUUCGUGAUAUUCUGUGGCCCUUAUCCUUUUAGGAGGAAUGUACUCCAACAUCAAGAGUCCCUGAACUAAUAUGAAGAGUUAUAACCUAUUUGUAUUAGUCAGGGUUCUUUAGAGAAAUAGAACUGAUAAAAAUGGGUGUGUAGAGGGGCAUUUAUUAGAAUGGCUUACAGGUAGUGGUCCAGCUAGUCCAAUAGUGACAGUCUCCCAACAGAAAAGCCAAGAAUCCAGUAGUUGUUCAGUCCACAAAGACUCAUCUGGUCUUAAGUCUCCAUUGGAGUGCCUUAGCAGCAGAGUAGAUGAACUUGCCAGCAAGAGUGAGGACAAUCUAGCAAAAAGCCAAAGAGCUUUUUUCCAUGUCCCUUUCUUUGUGCUGACACCAGAGGGUGUGGCCUAGAUUUAGAGUGUGUUUUUGUUACUCUUCCAUUGCUCUGAAGAGACACCAUCACCAACGCAACUUAUAAAAAGAAGGCAUUUAAUUGGGGGCUUCCUUACAGUUUCAAAGGGUUAAUCCACAACCAUCAUGGCAGGGAGCAUGGCGGCAGGCAGGCAGGCAGGGCACUGGGGUAGUAGCUGAGAGCUCACAUCUGAUCUAAAGGUUGCAAAGCUGAGAGAGAGAAAGACUGGGCCUGGUGUGGGCUUUUGAAACCUCAAAACCCAGUGACACACCUCCUCUGACAAGGCCAUACUUCUUUUUUUUUUUUUUUUAAUUUAAUUUUUAUUUUUUUUAUUUUGCAAUACAAUUCAAGGCCAUACUUCUUAAUCUUUCCCUAACAGUUCCACUAACUGGGGACCCAGCAUUCAUGACAUAAUAAUGUGAGGACCAUUCUCAUCCAAACCCCCGCAGGGUGGGGCUUCUCAUCUCAGAGAAGGAUUUCCUUGAUUGGAUCCUAAAACCCUGCCCGUUUUUUUUUUUUUUUUUUUUUUUUUUUUGGUUUUUCGAGACAGGGUUUCUCUGUGUAGCUUUGCGCCUUUCCUGGAACUCACUUUGUAGACCAGGCUAGCCCCGAACUCACAGAGAUCUGCCUGCCUCUGCCUCCCAGUGCUGGGAUUAAAGGCGUGCGCCACCACCGCCCGGCCCCUGCCGGGGUUUUGAUUGUUUCCAGAUGUAGUCAAGUUGCUAACCAAGAUCAGCCAUCACACUCCUCCCUUGGCAGUGUUGGUAGAGGUUGGCAACCACUGACUUGUAUUCAGGGAGGGAAGAUAGAAGGCAAAGGGCAAACCAGAGCUUCAUUGCUCCCAGGAUUCCUCUCACAUGCUGUUUUGGGAAACUUACAAGGUCUCCUUGUUCUUGCUGCUGAAAGUGUGGCCUAGUGGUGAUUUUAGUCACUCCCAUGGGGCGGGGUUAUGGUGAGGCUGAAAAAACCUGGGCUGGGGAUUCAGAGACUGGAAUUGUAGCCACAGCUUUCCUACUUAGCAAAUGGGUGUUUAUGGUGAUAUUUUAUUUGUACUAAAAUGUUAUUUGUAUGUUAAUAAAUAAAAUUGCCCGGGGUCAGAGCUAUUAGCAAGCCAUAGGAAAGCAGGGCAGUGGUGGCGUACGCUUGUAAUCCCAGCACUUGGUAGGCAGAGCUAGGUAAGUCUCUGUGUGUUCAGGGAUACAGUCAGUAUUGGAUACACAUGCCUUUAAUCUCAAUACCAAUCAUAGAAAACCUGGAGGCCUUUACAGACAGGCCGUGACGAGGCGGUCAUGUGGUUGGGUUUACAACCAAUGAGAAGGCAGAACAGAAACUAUAUAUAAAGACUUUAACACAGAAAGUAGCUCUGGUUCGGAGAGGUAGGACCACCGCAGGAGGAAGGGUAAGGUUUUAGCUCUUAGCUCUGACCUCUUGGCUUUCUUCUUUGCAUUGGUUCUGUGUUUCUUAUUUAAAAAGACGGUUGGUUACAUCUACAGGUGUUGUAGACAAUUUACUCCCUAUGAGCUUCAGAUUUCUGGCCUAUAAGUAUACAGUAAGCUGGGCAGUGGUGGCACACACCUUUAAUUCCAGCACUCAGGGGAUAGAGGCAGGCGGCUCUCUGUGAGUUUGAGGCCAGCCUGGUCUACAGAGUGAGUUCCAGGACAGCCAGGGCUACUACAGAGAAACCCUGUUUCAGAAGAAAAAAAAAAAACAAAAAACAAAACCAAAACUAACAAACAAAAAGAUGUCUGCAAAACGUUCAGCAUAAUACCUGGGACAUAGCAAAUGUUACUUAAGAAAUGGUGAAGAUAGGCCUUCAAGUUAGUGUGUCUUUGCCUCCUAAUAGAGUAUAUGGUCUAUAGUGGAUUUGUCGUAAUCCAGGGGCCCAAAGGCCCUAGUCUCUACUAAUUCAGUGGUUUGCUUGUGUUAACACCUGUUGCCUGUGCUCUCUUCUCCUCUCUUCCAGUUCCUCCCCCCUAUUUGUGCUUUACCCUUCAUAGAAUUUGGCGUCUGUCAUGCUUCCUCUGCAGAGCAAGAAGGAGGGGACAACAAAAAUAGGGAGGAUUGAUUCAGACCAGGAGCAGGACAUCGUCCUUCAGGGCCAGUGGAUUGAGAGGGACCACUGCACAAUCACUAGCACUUGUGGAGUGGUCAUUCUGCGGCCUACCCAAGGGGCACGCUGUACAGUGAAUGGCCGAGAGGUCACUGCUUCCUGCCGUCUGACACAAGGCAUUGGCUUAUCUCCCAGUAUGUACUCGGAGCACAGUCAUGGACUGAACUCAUUUGUCUGUGUCAAAGGAGCUGUCCUAACACUGGGGAAGGCACAGAAGUUCCGAUUUAACCACCCAGCCGAGGCUGCUUUGCUACGGCACCACAGGCCUAAGGCCGGAGAGGCCGUUGGCAGCAGUGGCUCUUUGGAAUGGCUGGACUUGGAUGGAGAUGUCACUGCCUCAAGACUGGGUCUCUGUCCUGUGCUUUGGAAGGAAAGGAAGGUGCUAGAAGAGGAGUGUGACAAGGACCAGCAGACAUCAAGAAGUGGCGAAAUAUCCCACAGAGCCCAGACCGAGCAACAGCAGUGCUACGUGGAGGGUCUGAGGCAGCAAGCCAUAGAAGGACAGAGUAGAGUUCAGAAGGAGCCAGAAUUGGACCAGACACAGAGCAGUCAGCAGCUAAGAGCCAACCAGCAGUGGCUUCUCAGAGAAGAGACCUGGCUAGCCUGCUUACAGGAGACACAGCAAGAAGACGGCAGUGGGGAAGAGAAAGAACUUGAGGCCCUUGUGGCACCUGAUGCUUGGCUUCCGACAGUUCCUCAGACCCCACCAUCCCCACUGGUCCAAAGCCAGAAGAGGGUGGUGCAGCUGCGGCGCUUGCGGAGACGCACUUCUUGGGCUACAGUGUGGAACAUCAGGCAGAAAAAGAUCUCAUUCCAGCUGGAGAGAAUUAUUAAGAAGCAGAGGCUGCUGGAGACCCAGAGGAGACUGGAGCAGCUCAGGGCACUCUUUGGGCUCCAGGAUGAUGGUGCCUCCAAGGCCCCAAGUGCUUUCCUGAACUGGGAUCCUUCCACCAUGUCACCACCUGUGCCCGACGCAACUCACCAAAUACCAGAGAAAAGCCUAUCAGCAGAUUCCAUUCCCCAGGCUACUGCUUCCCCUCCAAGGACAAGGUGCCUGGGCAGGAAUGGCCUCCAUCCAUCAGGCUGGAGGAAGCUCUAUCCAGCAAAGGGAGCCUCAGCCAGGAGGGGAGUCUCUACCCAAGGCACCUGUCUCACUGUGAGCCAUGAGUCUGUCACUAGCCAGGAAACUAAGUCAUUGGGUAAGCAGCCCUGUCAGAUGUCCUCCCAGGGCUCAGUGACUAAGAAGCUAAGGCCAAGGGAUGGUCCAAGGCCCCACACCCCUGCUGCACAGACCAGAAGGACUAAGGGACUAGCAACUUCUGGCAACACACAGACUGGGUGGCAAAGAGAAGGGAGCUGUGGGACCUCCAAGGCUCCUAAGGAAACCACUUCCCACUCUACUUACCACAGUGGAUCCAAGCAAGCAGCUGGGCAUGGGAAAGUUGGCAAGACUUUUCAGGCAGAAUCCAAACCACCUCCUCUGAGCAGGGCAUCAAAAAAACAUCAGAGGGUGCCGGCAGCUAGGGCCAGAGACAUUGCCAGAAAGUUCUCUCAUUUGCCUCAUGGCAGUCCUUUAAAAAGACAGCAUAGUACAGGGGAUCCAGACAUGCUGGCCUCAUUCACAGAUUCCAGACCUAUAAUGGAUCUUGUAAAAGAAAAGGACAAGGACUUAUCUGACACUGAUAGCAGUUACUCAGUGGAUUCUCUCUCUUAUGCCUGUGCCAAAGUCCCAAAGGAGCUGCUGAAGCCAGAGGACCUUCAGGGAAAAUGGGAUCUUCCAGAUCCAGAGAACUCUGAAAGUGACAACAGUCAAUUAUCUGAGGAUUCACUCGCUGAGAAAGGGUACCAAAGCCCCCCAGAAAACUCAGUGGAUGAAUAUUCCACCAUGAACCAUGGACAUUCAAGGACCAGAAUUUCAGUCUCUGUGAGACAUCUCCCCAAGCCCUCAGGCAGUAGCUUAUGCACUCCAGCACAUAGGAACUUUUCCUUGGACAGCCUGAUUGAUGCUGAAGAACUGGGAGAGGAUAGGCAAAAGGAGCCUUUCCUUGGUUCUGCUGAUGAGAUGCCUACAGAGACGUUUUGGCACCUGCAGAAGGCCGUCCUACCUUCAGUAGACCAGGAGGCAAUGUGCAGGUCUAGCCCUAUCAACCAUAAAACAGGAGUCAGGCAGAAUGCCUUCCUGCCAAAGAGCAAUUCAUUUUACCUUGAUCCUCAGUUCCAGCCCCACUGUGAACAGUCUGAGUUAGAAAUGGAGGCAAGCUAUUGCGAACAAGCCAACUCUCUCCAAGGCAUGCAGCUUGCAAGAGAGAGCCCCCUGGUAUCUGUGGAUUCAUGGUUUUCUUGUGACUCUAAGGUCAAUCCCAGCAGCCCCUCAAUGACUGUACAUUCUUUAUGUCCAAGUCCUGAUGUACAUGAAAUUCAGCCCCAUGAUGAGAUGCCCAGACACGGGCUAAAUGUCGAAGAAGUAAAGCCACCAGGUACGGUCCUGCCACAUAGCUGCAAACUGCCCCAAGACAGUGCUGAACCACCCUGCCAUUCAGAUUUGCACACAACCUUUGCUUCUGAUACACCCAAGCCCUCCGUUUGUGGAAGUCAAAGGCUCCUUCAGCCAGGAGUUGAUGGUGUCUUUCGGGACAAAGAAAUCCCUGACAUGACCUACCAGGGCAUCUCUGAAGAGUCGCACAAUUCUGACUUGUCAAGUGUGCUGGCUCCCUCUGCCACCUCACUGACUCAUGUAGACAGUGUUCAUGAGAAGAACUGGGGUGCCCUUCAGCGAAAGUACCUCCUUGGACUCUCUCGUUCUGUCUUGGAAGCUGUGGGAGAGCCCAGGCCAGCUUGCUCCUUUCUGGAGGAAGACUCUAGCUCCCUGGCUGAGGCUUCUGAUAAAGUAGAAGAUCAAUUGCCUGUUGGCCCUGGGGUAUCUACAAAUUUAGAUUUCAGCUACUUUACAGUCCACCCAUCAACAAUCAGGCACUUAAGAGCAGAGAAAGACCAUGACAGUUUGAGUGCCAACUUAGAAAGUGCUUCUGAUCUCUUCAGUACCAUUGAGAAGGUGAGUUACAAUGGGGCAUACUCAGCAGACCUAGAAUCCCUGGCUUCUGGAUCCAUAAACGCACAGACCUGUACAGCAGGAAACACGAUACCAAAUUCUAUGACAGAAGCAUGGGAAGUCAAUCAGGCCAGCUUGGAAGGGUGCCUCCAGGGUAGCAGGAACCCUGGGCUGAUAACGUCCUCUGGGCAGUAUUUCUUCCAGAAGAAGGCUUAUCACAGUCACGAUACCUUAGCCACCAAAGUGAACCAUUGGCCACGGAAGCAAACCAUUGGCCCUCUUAGGAAAAACACUGCUGUGCAGCCAAGACCAUUAAGUCACAACAGCCACCAGCACCCCCUGCUGGAAGAGAAGGCAGAUUCUCAGCAGCAUGCCAAGGAAGCAGAUGGAACACAUACAGAUGCUUCUGGCCCUUUCCCUCCAGGUCCAGAGCUGUUCCUGCACUCUGAGCCCUGGAGUCCUUUCCCAUCUUCUCUGCAACCACCUCCCUUGGAGACAUUCUAUGUAACCAAAAGCAGGGAUGCCCUGACAGAGACUGCCUUAGAGAUCCCAGCCUGCAGGGAAGCCUGGGUGCCAUCCCCACCCCCCAGGGAAGCCUGGGGCUUUGGUCACAGCUAUCAAGUCCUCCAGAAAGCUCACUGGAAGAAUAAUUUACCCAAGUUGUCACAAAGCCAGAAUUCUAAGAUUGACUCAUCUCAGCAGGUAACAACAAAGAGGCCAACUGAUCUGAACACAGGAGAUAUUACUGAAGAACUGGAGAAAUGUUCUAGAAAUACGAGAGAGGAAGGAAACCAUGAUUCUGCUUACUGUUUUGUUACUCAGAACAGACAUCAUCUCCCUUCUACCAGCCUCAAAGUUUGUGAAUGUGGAAGUCAACUUGGAGUUUUAAAUAAAAAGUACAGCCUCUCGGUCCACACGGAAGGAGAAGGGGCCUCGGCAUGGCACCACUGCAGUGUUGCCUUGGACGGCUCGGAGUCAAAUACUUUGCUCUUCAUUUGUGAUACCAAGGCAAGUGAGGAAGAGCAGAGCCCACUCCCACCACAGAUACAGGCCUGUGGUGUGCACAGCCAGCCUUCUUCAGGAGCCAGGUCCAAGUUCAUUGGUAAAAUCACCAAUUUAGAUCUGGAGAAGGUCAUACCAGAGGAAAUUGCUGUUUCUUUGAAGUCCAGAUCACUCCACUGUCCAAUAUGCAGCCCUGUGAUCAUGGCAGGAGGUGGGAGUCCAACUCAUAGGUGGGAGGGGAGGAAUGAAACUGUGCUUCUGAGGGAAAUGAUUUCCAAAGACAUCCAAGAAGAGUUUAGUCUUCCAGGAACCCAGUAUACCUGUGAAAGAUGCCAUCUAGUUAUGUGCUCUCAGGAAAGAAAGCCUAUUGAAUGCAAGGCCCAUGGGCAGUCACAAGAAAAAAAGUCCAAAGAAGAACUUUUGGGAGAGAAACAGAAUAAAAGAGUGAAUAAUGCCGAUGAGAUGGCUAAACUGAUCAGGAGUGUGAUGCAGCUGGAAACUGGCAUCUUAGAAAUCGAAUCCAAGAACAACAAGCAGCUUCAUGCUCCCCAAACUCCAAGUACAGAUUUUAUGCUCCAGGCCCUCUGGGAUCAGGAGAGGGCUGACCAUGUCCUGAUGCCAGGAAGUUCUGGAAAACACUUAUUCUUUGAGGAUCAGCCAUCUUUUCCAAUACAGAUAGAGGACGGUCUCUUUGGAGACCGUGAAGCUAGGGAAAUGGAAUAUAACAAUGCUAUCAGUAAUAACUCCCAGGUCCAGAAAAUCAUAGGAAGCCCCUUCAGAUCAAAGGGACAUGCACAAGAGAGGCUGUCUGAGAGUGGACACUCACACCCAUCACCUGAAGUAGACGGACUUGCCAGGGGUCCGUGUGAUUCUUUGGAGAAGGACAAAGCUGGCAGAGAGUCUAGCAACAUUUCCCUUCACUCAAGGAGAAUGAAAGUGUUCACUAGAGCUCCGCCAUUGCAGCUCAGUGUGGUGAGCUCUCCUGAGAAGGAUGAUAUGCUGCUAAAUGUAUCAGCAGACUUCCAAGACCAGGCUUGGGCCUUGGAAAAUCUCAAGGAACCAGAGACUAUGGAAAGUUUUCAGGAAAGCCAAAUUGUUGAUCUCCUAAGGGAUUUAGAGUUGGAAGAUACAAAAGCUCACAGAAGAGUUGAAGAACUGACCGUGGAACAGGGAGAGAACCAGCAAGAAGAGAAUAUGGUCUCAUUGACCCAGAAACCUUGUGCUCCAAGUCAGCACUGUAAGGGGACAUUUUUCAGCCAGGAGACUGUCUCGCCAUUCCAUAACCAGACAGACUUCUCUGAAGCUCUUCCUUAUGGAGAACUGAGUGGUCCUCAGCCCUUGCAUUCUCCAAGCUUACUAAGAAGCUGUUUGCAUGCCUCUGAUACCAAAGGCAUCUCUUCAUUUGAGUACAUGUUAGAGCCUACAGUGUUGAAAAUUAAUAGAAGUUCUUUGGCAACUGGAGUAGGACAUCAGGAUUACAGUGCAGAGGCCAGAAGCAGUAGCCCCCAGGGAAGUGUUACAGGGGAUGCUUGCACUGCACACACUGCCUGGUGUGGGUCUGUGACACCCAUGGUCAUGAGAGCUAGUGAUGAGUCUGCUACACCGGAGAGCAUUCUCCUAGAGACAGAGGACUGGAUAACAGUAAGCACCAGCCCCCAAGAAGACCAGAGAGGGCUAGUCACUUCAACAGUCUUGACUACCCAGGGAGGCUUGGGUUCUGAAUCUGAGGCAACUGUACAAAAAGAAAUAAAAACCCGUUCCUUGAACAGGGUCUCAAGGCAGGCUGAAAAGAGGGUCAGUUUCCUCUUACAAGAUGAUAGUGACCAGAGUGAGGAGGAAAGGCAGAAGGCAGAGAAGAAGUCCAAAGACCACCAGCCUGCUAGCAGGGCUUGUCUAACAUCUUUGUCUCUACUGAGGGCGCCUGAUCCAGAGCCUGUGCUACUACCCGACUCCUCUGUCCAUGCAUCCAUAUGCCUGGCUAUCUUGGCAGAGAUCAGACAGGCAAAAGCACAGAGGAGGCAGCUUAAUGACUUCGUGGCUGAGGGGACAGUCCUUCCUUAUGAGACUUUGCAAGAAGAGUGUUUUCCAAAGGCGGCUGGUAGGCCUCGGGAGCAAACGGUUAAGUUAGGUUGGGACAGCACCAGGAGUGAGGAUGAAGCCCAGGGACCGCAUAUGUCCUCUCCAUCUGCUGUGUCUGCUGAGAGGAAAGACCAAGCCAUGCCUCCCAGUGCAGGGGGCUUUCAGCAUCUGCCCCAUCCUGAAACUGACAGAGGACCGUGGCAUCAUUUGCUGGCUUCCUCUCACAUUGUCCCAGAUCUAGAAAAAAGACAUUGUACCGGAGAACCAACGCAGUUUGGGGGAGCAAGUGGAUGGUCUGAUUCUUCUGAAGUCAUGGAGAAAAAGAAAGAAACAUCCAGAACAUUGUCCUCUGUUGAUCCUUUGGCCUCAGAUGGGCUUCUUUCUAUACCAGCUGUAGAACAGGAUGGGAGGGUAGGAUCAGAAAAUGUAUCUGUCUUACCUUCUCAAACUUCUUGUGAUGAUCCUGGCAGGAUUCUGCAUGGGCAAAGUCAGUUAGCUGCAUGGAAAACUGCAGAGAUUAUACCCUUUGGUCAUCAGGACAGCAUCCCAGAGGAUAAGGAACCUAGAAGACUGUAUAGUACAUGUGGAGGAGGCUCAGGUAAAAUCUCAGUGGCCACACAGGAAGGGAAAGCAGUCCAUUCUGAAUGUCAGUCUGUGAUCUGUAAUGCUGAUAAUUCUGCAGGCCUUUCAGGGCCUAAGCAAGACCGUGUUCAGUGCUCGGAUGCUUCUACUGCCUUAGAAGAAAUGAAGGCAAGUCCAAAGCCAUGUGUUGUCCACCCAGGAGCUCCUAGAAAAGUUGAAGCAGAAGCUCACAUGUGGCAUCCUGUCAAGUGGAAAAAUGUUGACUCUCGCCUGGCAGAAGCCCAUGAGGCUGACAGCAGUAAUCCAAGGUCAGCUCCCUUGCUAGAUCAAAGACCUAGCCUGCAUCUUAGUAGAGUUAGAGAAGAGGUUCCAGGUCUGCACCCCAAAGAGCGCCUUGUCUUCGAGGGGAGCGCCGGAGGCAACAGGCCCCUUGGCUCAUCUUAUGAGGAGGAAGAGAACAGAACUAUUCCUUGGCCUCAACUAAGUGGUUCCCCACCUCCUGCUGUUCAUGCCUGCUGCUCCUGUUCCUCCACUCUGCCCUGUUAUAGAGAUGGUGUCCUUAGGAAGGGAGCUCCUCAGGCUGCUGUACAUCCUGCCCACUCACCUCUCAUCGUACCGUCUAGGGCCUGUGACGUGGACGGAACAGCAGAGAGCUUUUCCAAAGACUCCCAGGUGUCUUUGGCACACGACCUCGAGCACAAGCAUGUUAAUGUAGAACUGGGGCCUGUAGACAGUAGCAUUCCCAACCCAUCCACUGCAGCUGCUAGCUCCUCUCCAGCUCAAAGCUGCUAUUCCCUGUCCACCUCAGAAGGGAAGGCAAAUUGCCUCCUCCAUAUAGUUGCUGGUAGAAGGUCAGCUGAAGGUUCUGAGAAGAAGACUUCAGGGAAGAAGGCCAGCACUGCCCCUGAGGAUGCUUAUUCAACCAGUCCUGCAGGCGCACAUUCUGAGCCACUGAGGACUUUAAAGGGUAACUCUGUAGGGGAGGAUGCACAGGCAUCUAAAACCAAGCCAGAAACUCCUGUGGUGACUCAGGGACCACAUACCCUAAAUUUAAAUGAAGGAUCUGUUGACGGCAAGCUGGUAAUAGCAGCUCAGUGUGGACAUUUAGAAAACACCACUAGACGCUGUUCGGAAAAGACACAAUCUUCCAUUGAGGUCAGGAGUCACAGUUGCUUGGGUCCCCAAGCCAAUUUUAUAGACAGGUUAAAACACACCCACUACCCUCAGAUUGAGACUUUGUGGGAGGAAGAAGGGCACCAGAGAGACCAGACUUCAGGAGGCGGCGAAGACCAUGCCCAGGUCAGAGAUCUAGCCUCUUUAAACGAGGGCGGCUUGGAUGGCGCUCAUCCCAGAGGUGGUGGGAGGGAAGGGAUGGCUGUGACCAUGGCUCUGGUGGCCCAGACUGUCUUUUCAGACCUUGAACACCUAGCUUCUCUGCCCUUGGGGCAGACUGAAACAUCACAGCCUGCUGCUCAGACUCCAGGCCAACUCAGCUCUGGAAGGGAGCAGCCUGCUGUCUGCCACAGGCACUCAGUUCCUAUGAUUGCAGUCUUCUCUGGCCCUGAGCAUGCCAGGUACUCCCCUAGACCUCAGUUCUCUGUGGCCAAUUCAUCUCUAUCUUUUCAAGAAUUAAAUUUGAGUGUGGCAUCUCCUCCAACAAAUGAAGAUGCACAGGGGCCAAAGAGUUUGUGGAGCCCACAUCUCAGGGGCCAUUCCUCAGAAAAGCCGAUGUCGACGUCUCCAGAGACUCAGGAUUGCGAUCAGGGAGCUUCAUGUACUUUGAACAAUAACCCCACUGAUCACAGGCCCCCGAAACCUGUCAUUCCUCCUUAUCCAACAUCUUCUACCAUGUCAUGUAUGCCAACCCCUGAUUUUAUGACUAACUGGAUGCCUGGUACUUUGGAACGGGGCCCGCAAAGGAAGACAGAUAAACUGAGUGUCCAGGGCAUGCCAGAGAACCGGCACUCUCGGGCGGACAAAGAAAUGCCGCUCUUUGGCUCUAGUGACAGAAACCCCUAUGUCCUGCCCUGGCGUCCGCAGGGACCUGUGCAGAUUGGCUGGAAGCAGUAUGUGUUUGGAAGUGCAGAUGCUGUCUCUUGUAGCCAGAAACCCCAGUGCCUAAUACCAUCAAAUACGGCUCAGUGCUCCAGCAUGGACAAUGCCCUCGAUGACAAGAAACCCCCACUUCACUCCCAUCUCAGGACUUAUGCCCCAAAUCAGGAUCUGCCAAACAUCCGCAGCAGUAUCGAGAAUGACCGAAGUUCAAAGGAAGGCUGGGAAAUAAGGAGUUCCUCACUGGCUGUGGAGAAGCCCCAUGACUUGACUGGAUCUGAAGGAGUUGCCCCAACUUGGGAUCCUGACAAGAGAUCCCCACUCAAGGACUCUUCUGAGGAAAUAGGCUGUCUACAGAGUGAGCUGCCUCUGGCUGGAGAGAGUGCCACAGCUCCAGUAGAUGAGAUUGUAGCGCUCUGCCCGUCUGAGACAGGCUGUGCUGGGAGGCAGGCCCGGAUGAACACCUUUGAGCAGGGAACCCAGACCCUGGGCGGCAGGCUCUACUGGAGUUGCACCGAUCUCUCUACUCAGCCUGACGCUAGGUCAGUGUCGGACUCUGAUCUGGCCUCCUGGACCAGCAUGCACAAUCUUUCUCUCCACCUCUCCCAGCUUCUGCACAGCACUUCCGAGCUGCUUGGGAGUCUCUCACAGCCAAGUGUGGUCCUAAAGGAGCAGAACAGCAAGAGUGACUCCCUAGGUGAGGCCCCACAGGCCCUCAUGAUGGACAGUUCUACUCAGACCACUGUGGAUGAGGGCAUUCAGACGGACCUGGCCUUACAUCCUCUGCCCUUCCAGGCCCCAGAGGUCAAGCCUCAGGAAGUCAGUGUGAUCCUUGAAGUGAUGGACUCAGGUGUCACUACCGUGGUUCAAGAAAAGGGAUAUGUCCCAGGGGUAUUUCAGAAGAAAAGGGCAGAGGAAACAGAAACCCCAGAUCACCAUGAAGGAAAUACCCACUAUAAGCUGCAGAGGCCUCCUGUGCCCUCACCACACUUGAGGUUUCAAAAAACCCAUCUUGGGCAGAACCUUACUUUUGUGAGCCCCCCACCUUCUACUGAUGGCUCCCCACCUCCCAGUCUGCAGCCAGAGGAAUCUUCCAUGGUGGUCAACAGUUCCAGCAUCUCCCGCCACUCAGGGCUCUUCCUUGGAGCUUCAGAGUUCACCCAGGAGAAGCUGGGCUCCUCGAGUGCCCUGCUGGUGGACAGGGCUUCCUCUCCAAUCCUUACAUUUAGUGCCAGCACCCAGGAGUUGAGCAACCCCUUAGCCUGUUGGACUCUAUCAGUUCCCUCAGCUCAUCCUCUUGAAGACUUCCAGGAGAUUGACAUUAGUCCUGACCUUACUGUUGGUAACCCAAGACCUCCAAUGGAUAAUUCUCAAGCCAUUAAUGAGUCCGCUGUCACUCAGAGAGCUGAGUCUCUAGAUAGAGAAGGCAAGAGCCCCUUAGAAAAGAGUUCUGAGAGAUCAUUUGAUUCUAGUUCCCCAUGCAGCCCAGAGCAGAGCUCUAGUCUCCAAGUUAGUUUCUUAGGGCAGGCCCCUCUGCAACUUCAGCCCAGGAGCACCACUGGAGACCAAAGCAGACUGACAUCUCCUCUACCAAGGCACAAGAGCCUGAAGCUAGCUGACAGCUUCGGGCCUGAGAAGGUGGCUUCCAUAGAGCAUGGUCCACGGAGCAGUAGGAGGCCAAGUCAGUGGCCGGGCAGGGCAGCAAGUGAGGAAGAGAGCUCAGUGUUUAUAGUGGAGCCACAGCCCAGUCUGGAUCUAUCUUCUUCCUGGAGAGGUCUUCAGCCCCUUAGCCCUUGUCCUGUCUCCGAUACUACAGGGCUUCGAAAUCCUGCGGUAGAGCCACCUCAGGCCUGCCAACCUGUGGAGCUGCUCUGCCCUGAUUCACAUGUGUGUGUGGCCCCUGAUCUCCAGCAUCACAGCCUGAGGGACCUCCCAGUUCAUAACAAAUUUGAUAACUGGUAUGGAGUUCGGGAUGGGUCUUGUGGAGAGCUACAUGUCAGUGAGAAUGGAGGGGUUGGGUGUGAUUCCAGUUCUGGAGACCAAACCCAAAGGCCCCUGCAAUCUUCUGAUGACAACAGCCAGAAUCCUGUGUGGCCCCGGUUGAAGCACAUCCCUUUGCAAGUUGGGAUCCAGAAACCCUCACUCAGUGUGGAACUCACAGAAGCAAAACUACACCGUGGCUUCGGGGAGACAGAUGCCCUGCUGAAGGUGCUGCAGAGCAGGACAGGGGAGGCGCUUGCUCCUCAAGAACCUGCUCUGUCCUCUUGGGAGGAGCGCUCCACCAGGCAGAAAAAGACUAUAGAGACCCUCAGGAGGGAGAGGGCUGAGCGACUUCAUAACUUUCGUCGAACAAGAAGCCUCAGUCCCCAAAAACAGUUCGGCUUCCUGCCCAGCAAGGAUCUUCCCACCUGGGAACUUGACUUGCCCAGCAGACGCCAAGAAUACCUGCGGCAGCUGAGGAAGGAUGUCGUGGAGACCACUAGGAUCCCAGAACCAGCAUCAAGAUCAGCCCACCCACCCUCUGACAUUGAGCUAAUGCUUCAAGACUAUCAUCAGGCCCGCGAGGAGGCCAAGGUAGAGAUUGCUCAGGCUCAGGCUCGGCUCAGGGAGCGGACUGAACAAGAAAAGCUGAGAAUCCGACAGCAGAUCAUCUCCCAGCUGCUGAAGGAAGAGGAAAAACUGCAAACUCUAGCCAACUCCAGCUCCCCGUGCACCAGCUCUGAUGGAAGCCUGUCUUCUGGCAUCACAUCUGGUUACAACAGCAGCCCAGCCUUCUCAGGCCACCUGCAGUCCCUAGAGGUUAAGGAGGACACUCAAGUACCAGACUUCCAAGACUCUUGGACAGGGGACUGGCGGGGCCGGUCCACAGUGAGGAACAGUCAGCUGUACCUAACCGGGUCUGCCUGGAAGAGUUUAGCUUACAGCCACAGAGCCUCCCUGGGCAUUGGCGGCUGCUCUCCCUCCAGCCUAUCCAGUUUAGGGACCUGUUUCUCCUCCCUCUACCAGGAUUUGGCGAAACACAUUGUCAACACCUCAAUGGCUGAUGUAAUGGCUGCUUGUUCAGAUAAUCUCCACAACCUCUUCAGCCGCCAGGCAACAGCUGGCUGGAACUACCAGGGUGAGGAACAGGAGGUGCAGCUUUACUACAAGGAAUUUUCUUCUACUCGACAUGGCUUCUUGGGUGCAGGUGUGGUGUCCCAGCCACUCUCUCAUGUGUGGGCAGCUGUGAGUGACCCUACUCUGUGGCCUCUGUACCACAAGCCUAUCCAUACAGCAAGGCUGCACCAGCGAGUGUCCAACAGUAUCAGCCUGGUGUACUUGGUGUGUGACACCACAAUGUGUGCGCUGAAGCAGCUGCGGGAUUUCUGCUGUGUCUGCGUGGAAGCCAAAGAGGGGCACCUGUCAAUCAUGGCAGCUCAGUCUGUGUAUGACACAUCCAUGCCAAGACCCAGCAGAAAAAUGGUCCGAGGAGAGAUCCUGCCCAGUGCCUGGGUCCUGCAGCCUGCCAUCAUGGAGGGAAAAGAAAUCACAAGAGUCAUCUUCCUUGUCCAGUUCUCCACUCUCAGGCCAGCUGCACCUUCAUCAUCGGGGAGGGGAAGGCUAGUACUUAGAUCCACACCGGGAGCCCAAGUGCGUGUCCAGUCACCACUGCCAGAGUGGCUGCUCCAGGUCUGUCUGCACCUUCACUUCUUCUCCUUCUCCUUCCAGGUGGAGCUGGGUGCACCAGGCUUCCCUCCUCAUCUUCUCAACUCCUUUAUCAAACAGCAGCCGCUGGUUGUGGCCAAGCUGGCAUCAUUCCUUGGUAGUUAGCAGCACUGUCUCCACGGCCCUAUACUGAGAUGUAGGCCCAGGACACCUCAGACUCUAUACUGCUUCUAAGCAAGAAGAGCCCAGGCUGCCUGUGGUAGCCAACUGUACAGAUGGCACCGGCCCCGAGUUGCCAGCAAAACCAGUACUUAGUACUUGGUCACCUCUUAAGAGUGAGCAACCUGAAUCGCCUGGCUGUCCAGUGAAACUCAACUCACCUUUAGGAUUUCUUCCCUUUAUUUCCUGCCUCUGGGACUCAGUGACACACCAAGUGUUCAAAGACUGGAAAAAGCACAGCCUGCAGAGCUGGAGACUGCAAUGCCUUGGCAAGGUGCCUCCUUGGCAGGCAAGCACUAGCCAAGGGUGCUCUGAAUCUGCCUCCAACAUUUAGCUCCAUUUUGUGAUGGAGCAACAGAAAAGACCAAACCAGUUUAAAGAAUCAACUGCACAAACCAGACUGAUUCAGAAUUGUUUUCUGUCACCAAGUGUUUACUAUUCACAUUCACACACACCGUUUCCUAGGUCACUGUGUGUCACUGGUACAGUCAGUCUACCUUGAGCUCAGUACAAUGGGAGACCGACCACUGGAGAAACAGACAAGGUGUGGGGCCUGAGGACCAGUGAUGGGUAGGGGCAGCUACAUGCUGCUUGCUAACAUGGUAAGAGAGAUUUCAAACAGACUGUCUUGGAGAGGAUUAAGUUCUGGCAGGCCUUGAUCUUGUGCCAACACUUACGCCUCAACCUCCCAAAUGCUGGGAUUAUGAGCUACUACACCUGGAACCUGCUUCUUUUUAUAUAAAUCUAUUGACUGGCUGGGCGGUGGUGGCGCACGCCUUUAAUCCCAGCACUCGCGAGGCAGAGCCAGGCAGAUCUCUGAGUUCGAGGCCAGCCUGGUCUACAGAUCAAGAUCCAGGACAGGCACCAAAACUAUACUGAGAAACCCUGUCUUGAAAAAACAACAACAAAAAUAAAUAAAUGAAUCUAUUGAUGAGUAGGGUGUGGUGGCACAUGCCUACAGCACUCUGAAAGGAGAAGCCAGAGGACCAGAAGUUCAAGCUCACCCUCAGGGAGCCAGCCCGGGAUACAUGAGACCCUGUCUCAACCAACAAAAAUUGACCAUCUUUUGAGGUACUGAGCUUAACUGUUCUAAUAUGAUAGAAUGGAAAUGGGACUUUUUUCUUGUAUUUUGGCCUGGCUGAACACUAAAGAUUUUCCAUGUUCAUCGGGAAAUGGUAGGGAUAAGAAAUUCCCUUUAUUGCCGGGAGGUGGUAGCACUUCUUUAAUCCCAGCACGCGGGAGGCAGAGGCAGGUGGUUCUCUGUCUACAGACCUAGUUUCAGAACAAAGAAACCCUGUCACUCCAGGUGUUUGGUGGAAAAAGGUACUCUUAUGGAGAUAGAAGAAUGGUUGGGUAAAUUUCUUUAAGGGAUUAGAAAAAUCUUGCAGAGUAUUUAUAUUACCAAUUGACUUUUAAAAUUUGCUUUUGAAUUUAUCUUUAUGGUUAAUUUUUUAGCAACACUCGCUAAUGUACUGUUAAUCUAUAUGCCUACCAAUUUCCUUCCCUCCCUUCCUUUUUUUGCUUUGAGUCAGGAUCUCACUCUCUAUGUAGCCCCAUCCUUCCAAGUCUUAAAUUAAAGACAGUGAGCCACCGUGCCCAGUUUCUGCCUCUUUUCAUGUAAGUACCUUACUGAGACUAUUGACUAAAAAAGUCAAAAUAUUUGUUUUUUUUUUUUUAAAAAAAAAAGAAAGAAAAAAUAGCUGGGUAGUGGUGGCACACACCUUUAAUCGAAGCACUCAGGAGGCAGAGACAGGUGGAUCUGUGAGUUCGAGGCCAGCCUGGUCUACAGAGUGAGAUCCAGGACAGACAGGGCUACACAGAGAAACCCUUAUCUCGAAAACCAAAAGAAAAAUAACCCUUGAGGGUUAUGAUGGCAGUAUCUACUCAUGGUCCAGGGUUGAGAUUUUCUGUUUACAUGCAUAUGCUGGUAUUUCUUACGAGCUCAGCUAUUAUAAGACUCUCAAUAGGUAGCUCAGCGAGAAUAAGAUGGCAAGUCUCACAUGAGACUUGAGUCCCACACCUGUAUAUUUAACCAUAGAUCAAAAGAUAUUCAAGCAAAAGUUUCUUGUAAUUAUUUAUACAUAGUUAAAUCAUCUCUAGAUAACAUAUUUAAGGAUACAGGAGGGGGGAAAGAAAAACCCAAGGAUGUAUUUAAGAAGAUAGAGCCAGCCAGUGGCGGUGAUGCAUGUCUUUUAUCCCAGCACUCAGGAGGUGGAUCUCUGAGUUUGAGGCCAGCCUGGUCUACAGAGCGAGCUCCAGGACAGCCAGGGCUACACAGAAAAGAAACCCUGUCUCUAAAACUUAAAAAAAAAAAAAAAUGUAGUUGUAGCACUAUGCCAUUAUGUAUUAAGCAAUAGUUGACCACUGUGUAUUCCCGUAUUUGUGGGCCUGCACUGAUCCGAUUACAAAAGGUAAGUCGACUUUGGAGAACAUGGGAAUCACCCUAGGCAGGGCCCAUUCUUGGCCAGGUUGUAGAGCUGAGUAUUUUUACCUCUAGAAAGUUCCAUGUGCCUCAAGGCUACUGGUCCAAGAAUACAAAUAUCCCAACUAUAACCCAGAAGACUGCUUUUGGUCAGAAGGAAGUUUUGAGGUAAAUCAGACACCCGCCCCCCCCC